GCACUUGACUGAGAGAGAAAGGCAGAAACUGCAGGUGUGGUCUUAAAUUAUGCCUUACAGAGAGUCCUUCACCUGGGUUAUUGUUCCUUUAUUUGAUAAUAGCAUUGGUGGAGCUUCUGGUGGAUCUGCUUCUCCUAGUAGCCGUCUUGCUGCCAGCAUGUCUGGUUCUAGUUCCCAUGAGGGUGUCCUUGAGUCUGUUGCAAAGAUUACAUUAGAUGGGAAGAUGGGUUAUUCAAGCGGAAGCUCUAUUGUUGUUGAAAUAUCUAACUUGCAUAAAGUGAAAGAAAGCUAUACUGAGGAGUCACUUCAGGAUCCUAAACGCAAAGUCCAUAAACCUGUGAAGACUGGAAAUUGAGAAGCACCAGACAUCUAAUGCGUAGCUGGAACAUAUUUCAGAAAGUGCCAGCAUGACCAAUGAAUCUAUGGACCUAGGGGAUCAAGUUACUGAUGCAAUGUUCAUUAAGAGCCCCAACAAUGAUUGUGAUGGGCCUCAGAGUAGCAAUUCCAAGUGGAUUCCUAAUGAUGAGCAAAAUGCAUCUGGAAAUGGAGACACUCAUGGAAAUCCGGAUCUCAAUGUUGGUGAUGCAAGCAGAAUGCCUUUCUUGCGUUUGU